CACACACGCUGGCUGCAUGAAAGGGGUAUGUGAGUGAGCUGAGCUGUAGGGUUUUUUUGUGUUGGCCCCACCACCCAUGUGCCCCUUCUCCGGUCUCCACCAGCUCCUGCCGCUCAAUGAUUAGAGCUCUGUUUCCCCCUCUCCCUCCCACAACCUCUCUCUCUCUCUCUCUCUGCGGCCAUAGCAGGCGCACACGAGGUUAUCUCACCAGAUAUACCGACAUCGGUUGCAGACUCUUCCUUGCUUCUCUCAGGGGGCCAACGAUUCGGAACCCAAGUGUGGUGAGUAACAAAGAAGAGGAAGAAGAUCACUUAUGUCGACCUCAGACGGAGUAGGCAACGCCGUCAGUAACGGCGCCUUAAUCGACCCCCAGCAACAACGGCAGCAGCAGCAGCAGCAGCCGCCGCCGCCGGGCAACGGCGCACUGGCGGUGAAGAAGCCUCCGUCCAAGGACCGUCACAGCAAGGUGGACGGCCGCGGACGGCGCAUCCGCAUGCCCAUCAUAUGCGCCGCACGUGUCUUCCAGCUCACCCGCGAGCUCGGCCACAAGUCCGACGGCCAGACAAUCGAGUGGCUCCUCCGCCAGGCCGAGCCCUCCAUCAUUGCCGCCACCGGCACGGGCACCACCCCCGCCAGCUUCUCCACCGUCUCCGUCUCCCUCCGCGGCGGCUCCUCCUCCGCCUCUUCCGCCUCAGCCUCCCUCGAUCACAAACCCUCACAGUCCCUCCAACCCCUGCUCUCUCCCUCGCCGUUCAUUCUCGGCAAGCGUCUCCGCGCUGACGACGCCGACGCCGUGGAUGCUGCCGCCAAGGAUGAAGCAGCCGCGGCCUCCGCUGUGAUGGGCGCCUCCGCCGCCGGCGGCUUCUGGGCCGUGCCUGCUCGGCCGGAUUUCGGUCAGAUAUGGAGCUUCGCAGCGGGUGCGACGCCGGAGAUGGUAGUUCCUCCUAUGACGUCGCAGCAGCAGCCGUCGGUGGCCGGGCGGUUCCACGGACAGCCGAUGGGGGAGGCUUCGGCCGCUAGGGUUGGGAAUUAUCUUCCGAUUGCGCAGGGGCAUCUGAAUUUGCUAGCGUCGUUGUCAAGCGCGUCGGCGUCGUCGGGACGGAGAGAAGACGAUCCGCGCUGAACUCGUCGAGUUGUCGAUGCUUUGUAUUUGGCCUGCGUGAGUGUGUGUGGGGAUGAGAAUGGUCAGAGAUUUAGGAUUAGGGUUUUAGUGUCGACUGUCGAGUGUGUUUAUUUUUGUUGGGGGCUUUUGGGGAUUGAAUUAGGGUUUGUGGAAGUUGAAACUAUUGAGUACGAAUUCAAUUUAGGGUUUUUACUACUUCGUCUCAUUGCCCACUUUCCCCCCUUGUUGCUUAAUAUUAGGAUUUUAGUUUUCAACUGCUUAGGGUUUUGGGUAUUGUUGAAGUCUUUAGAAAAGGGAGGGAGAGAGAUGCAGAAUUAACGUACGGCAGAGUGUGAGCUUCUCUGAUCAAGGGAGGUUGGAGCUAUGUGUAAAUUGAGUAAUUUUCUUCAGUGAUGUGAGAAAUUGGGGUUAUGGCAGACUGUGAGCUAUGGAGUUUCUCCAUGGAAAUUGCUCUUUCUUGCUACUUGGAUUUAACCAUGGACGAUUAUCUGAAGACCCGCAAGUUAGAGCACUGGCGGGGUCAAGUACUUAAUGCUUCCCAUGAUUGUUCUAGAGCUUGGGAAUCCAAAAAUGGAGUCUUCAUUGUGUGAUUUUGCCGUAGAAAUGCCACCCUAGCAAUGCUGAACGACAAUGGUAGUUUCUUGGCUGCUGUGGCAAAUUGUUUCUGCUUUCACUCCGUCUCUCUCUCCCUCUCGAGAGUAAUGAUAUGGAAGUAAGGUUGUGUGGAUGAAAGUGAAAAUGGAAAGAAGAAAAGGCUCUGGUUCUUGGCUCUGGAAGGGGGCCACUGUUUCUCCAAUUCAUCAGUAUUGACAGUAUUCUUAAAGCCAUUUCUUAGAUUUAUGAGCGUGGAAGAAAUAAUGUAAUUUCAUGUAUGUAAGUGGAUUGCCUGGGGUUCCUGCUUGUGUGAAUAAAAGAACCCCCCCUUCUGUUUAUCAAUUUCCAUUUUUCCGUGUGUUCGACUUCAA